AUGGCUCGGGCAUUGCUUUUGUGGGCCUUCCUGGCUCGCGCUGCUGCCGUGGCAGACGAGGUGAAAAGCCUACCUGGCGUCGCUACCUUGAAGAACAAGCACUAUGCUGGCUACGCGGUGGUCAACGAAACGACCGACAGGCAGCUGUUCUACUGGUUCGUCGAAGCCGAGUCCGGCAAUCAGCCAGGAGUGACACCCAACAUCAUUUGGAUGAACGGUGGCCCCGGCGCAUCCAGCAUCAUGGGUCUCAUGGUCGAAAAUAUCGGGCCGCUGACAUUGCAGCAGUCAGGAGAGUUGGCUGAGAACCCGCAUGCCUGGAGCGGCAAGAACAACGUGAUGAUCAUCGACAACCCAGUCGGCUCUGGUUUCAGCUUCACGGGCAAAGAGAGCUAUGUCAAGUCCGAGAAGGAGAUGCGAGAGGACUUCUACACUGCCCUGAAGUUCAUUUUCACUCAGCAUCCGGAGUACGCCAGGAAUCCUUUGUGGGUGACGGGCGAGAGCUACGGUGGCAAGUAUGUCCCGAAUGUCGCCUACGAGAUUCACAUCCGCGGAGAGUUUCCGCUGAAGGGCAUCAUUAUAGGCAACGGCGUUUAUAGUGGCCUGAUCCAGAAUCCGACCGUGCCCGAGUUCGCUUACAACCAGGGCCUCAUUGACGAACAUCAGCUUUUGGAGAGCAAGUUGAUCAUCGCCGAGUUGCGCGGAGACGUCUCACGCCAGCUGCAGACCAGCGGUUGGGUCACCCGAACGGAGUUCAAUGCCGCGGUGGCCGCUCUUCAGAGCACCGACUACAGCUUGGGUGGCGCACUGGAUUCUGCUUGGCUGUGCCUCUGUGGUGCCCUUGUUAUGUUCAUGCAUGCAGGGUUCGCGAUGCUGGAGACAGGAAGCUGCCGCGUGAAGAACGCCUCAAACGUUCUGAUGAAGAACUUGGUGAACGUAUGCGUCGGCACGCUGGGUUGGUGGGUCUUCGGAUGGGCGUUUGCCUACGGCAGCCAGGGCACCCCUGCGAAUGGCUUCAUCGGGACGGACGGCUUCUUCGGCAUCGGAUUCUACACCGUUGAUGCUACCACUGGUGUCAUCUCGCCCCUGGCAUCCUGCGAUGCUGACGGAUGCCAGAGCACGAUGCUGAGCUGGUUCUUCCAGUGGGCAUUCUGUACCGCUGGUGCGACCAUCGUGAGUGGUGGCGUGGCCGAGCGAGUCAAGAGCCCCACUUAUGCGGUGUAUGCCUUCUUCAUGGCGAGUUUCAUCUACCCGAUCAUUGUCGCAUGGUCCUGGGGCGGAGGAUUUCUGGCCACAAUCACAUCUGUGGGCUACAUGGACUUUGCCGGCAGCGGAGUGGUGCACUUGACCGGCGGCGUGAGUGCUCUGGCAGGAACUGUGGUUCUCGGUCCGCGGAAAGGACGUUUCGAAAACCCGGAAGAGUUCGAAUGUCACAACUUGCCGCUUGUAGUGCUGGGCACCUUCGCACUCUGGUUCGGCUGGUAUGGCUUCAAUCCGGGCUCCACGCUGGGCAUGCAUGAUGGGGCCACAGGGGCAUUGGCAGCUCAGGUAGCCAUGAACACCACCUUGGCGGCUGCCACUGGCGGCAUCACGGUCUUCCUGUUGCGCUAUGUCAUCACGAAGAAGUACGAUGUCGGUGGCCUUUGUAACGGCAUCCUGGCUGGCCUGGUGUCUAUCACUGCCGGAUGCGGCAAUGUCGAGUGCGGCAGCGCCUUCGCCAUCGGUUUGGUUGGCGCCUUUGUGUACCAGGGCUCGUCCAUGCUGUUGCAGAAGCUGAAGAUCGACGACCCCGUGGAUGCAUCCCCCGUGCACGGCUUCUGCGGCAUCUGGGGUGUGCUUGCGGCCGGCUUCCUGGAUUGGGGCAAGGGCAUUGACCAGUACCACGGUUGGUCUGGUUGGGGCUGCGUGACCGAGGGCACGGCUUGCAAGACCGGCUUGGGUGGGGAUGCCAUCGGCGCACAGUUUGCCCUGAUCGGUAUGGUCAUCUUGUGGUCUGGCGCCCUCUCCACGAUUGCCUUCCUGGUCUUGAAGCUCACUGGUCUCCUCCGAAUUUCGGAGGAGGUGGAGGAAGUGGGCAUCGACUGUAAGAGCCAUUCCCCGGCCAAGGCCUACUCACUGAGUGCUGAAGCUAAGUCGAUGAAUUCUGUGGUGUGUGUGCAACCAGGCUCCAAGAAUGCCUGGGGGGAGGCAACAGCAUAA